AUGGCUGCUUCAGUCUCCACUAUUGGAGCUGUCAAAACUCCUAAGAGCUUGAAUGGCUCAGUAGUAGCAGGGCCUUCAAUUCCCAGUUCAUCUUUCUUCGGCACAAGCUUGAAGAAGAUUACUUCAAGGCUUCCGAACACUAAACUUUCCUCUGGAAGUUUCAAAAUUGUUGCUACCGCAGAGAUCGAACCUGAAAAGCAGACAGACGGAGACAGAUGGAGGGGUUUGGCCUAUGAUAUUUCAGAUGACCAACAGGACAUCACAAGAGGAAAGGGUUUGGUUGAUUCUGUUUUCCAAGCUCCACAAAAUGCUGGAACUCAUUAUGCUAUCAUGAGUUCUUAUGAAUACAUUAGCACUGGACUUAAACAGUACAACUUUGACAACACUAUGAGUGGUUUUUACAUUGCUCCUGCUUUUAUGGACAAGCUUGUUGUUCAUAUCACUAAGAAUUUCAUGACCUUGCCAAACAUCAAGGUUCCUCUCAUUCUUGGUGUCUGGGGAGGGAAAGGACAGGGAAAAUCUUUCCAAGCUGAGCUUGUUUUUGCCAAGAUGGGAAUCAACCCCAUUAUGAUGAGUGCCGGAGAGCUUGAAAGUGGAAAUGCAGGAGAGCCAGCAAAACUGAUCAGACAGCGAUACCGUGAAGCUGCUGACAUAAUCAAGAAGGGAAAGAUGUGUGCUUUGUUCAUCAACGAUCUUGAUGCAGGAGCAGGUCGUAUGGGUGGAACCACCCAAUACACUGUCAACAACCAGAUGGUGAAUGCCACACUCAUGAACAUUGCUGAUAACCCCACAAAUGUCCAACUCCCUGGUAUGUACAACAAGGAAGAGAAUGCUCGUGUUCCCAUCAUUGUCACAGGUAACGAUUUCUCAACAUUGUAUGCUCCUCUCAUCCGUGAUGGACGUAUGGAGAAAUUCUACUGGGCUCCUACAAGAGAGGACCGUAUUGGUGUCUGCACCGGAAUAUUCCGUCAUGACAAAAUUGCAACUGAAGACAUUGUCAAGCUUGUUGACACCUUCCCUGGCCAAUCCAUUGAUUUCUUUGGUGCUUUGAGGGCUAGAGUGUACGACGACGAAGUGAGGAAGUGGAUUUCUGGUAUAGGUGUUGAAGGAAUUGGAAAGAGGCUUGUGAACUCAAAGGAAGGACCACCGGAAUUUGACCAGCCAAAGAUGACACUAGAAAAGCUGUUGGAAUAUGGUAACAUGCUUGUCCAAGAACAAGAGAAUGUGAAGAGAGUCCAAUUGGCAGACAAGUAUUUGAGUGAGGCUGCUCUUGGUGAUGCUAAUCAAGAUGCUAUCACAAGAGGAGCUUUCUAA